CCGCGCGUCCUCGGGCUCCUUGUGCGCAGGCGUGCUCGUACUCCUUCUGUCCCCGCGGAGCAGGGCUGAGUCAGUCAGUCUGUCGGAGUCAGUCUUCCGAACAGGCACCGCCGGGUAGAUUCGGAGAGCCAGCUGCUGGAUUCUCCUGUGUCCCCUCCCACUCUCCCGCCCCACGUCUCUCUUCACCCGUCUCCCGCCCUUGCCUGUGGAGCCAUGGCGGAGUCGUCGGCGGCCACCCAGUCCCCUUCAGUCUCCUCGUCGUCCUCCGGGGCCGAGCCGUCAGCGCUUGGCGGCGGCGGGAGCCCCGGAGGCUGCCCCGCCCUGGGGGCGAAGAGCUGCGGCUCCUCCUGUGCGGAUUCCUUUGUUUCUUCCUCUUCCUCUCAGCCUGUAUCUAUAUUUUCGACCUCACAAGGAUUGAACUCUCUUUGCUCUGAUGAGCCACCUUCAGAAAUUAUGACUUCUUCCUUUCUUUCAUCUUCUGAAAUACAUAACCCUGACCUUACAACACUGCUUGGAGAAAAAAGUAAAAUAUUAGGCAGCCAGCUUGUUCUAGCUAAAGAAGGAAAAGACCACUUGGUUCUAGAUAAGGAAAAGCUGGACAAGUCUCAGGAAACCAACAAGGACGGAGUAGACGCUUCAGUUUCUCUUACAGCUGACAUUCCUUGCAACCGCCCUUCCAUUCCAGACAGUUUCCCAGAGAAGCCUGCUUUUCUCUCAAAGGAAACCGGUCCAGCAGAAGAUUGUAUAGCUAAAGACCAAGAACCCAAGAACCCAAACAAGGCUCCAAGUGGAGAGGACAGAAGUUCAUUGGAUCUUGGGCAGUCUAAGGCAGAACGCAUGUGUACAUAUCCCUUGUCCCCAUCUGAACUUCCAGGAGCUAGUGUAGAAAAAGAUUCUCCUGAGUCACCAUUUGAAGUAAUUAUUGACAAAGCAACGUUUGACAGAGAAUUUAAAGAUUUGUAUAAGGAAAAUACAAAUGAUUUGUGUGGCUGGGCAGCUCAUGGUGAUAGAGAAUCCCCUGCAGAUUUGUUGGAAAUGAAUGACAAAGUGUUUCCACUAAGAAAUAAAGAGGCAGGGCGUUACCCAGCCUCUGCACUGCUCAGUAGACAGUUUUCACACACUACGGCAGCACUGGAAGAGGUGUCUAGAUGUGUGAAUGAUAUGCAUAACUUUACUAAUGAAAUACUGACUUGGGACUUAGUUCCCCAAGCCAAACAACAAGCUGAUAAAUCGUCUUCUUGCACCACAAAAAGUACAGGACUAGACAGGAAUGAACAUCGCUCAGAAAUUCCAGUUAUAAAUCUUAAAAUGAACACCCAUCAGAAAACGCCUAUAUGUUCUCUUAAUGGGAGCACUCCUGUCAUGACAUCCACAGGUGAUGGGGCAGAAGUGUUUACAGAAGGAAAACCUGUAAGAGACUAUCUCAGUUCCACAGAAGAAGCCAGCAGUAGAGGUGUGCCAGGCAGUUCGCAACCUCCUCCAGAGCUGCCUGGCUCUGUGCCUGAGAAAUGGGUCUCAGGCUCUGGAGUAGCCAUAGUAGAAGUGGCUUUACCUGAUCAGAGGGAUGCCUGGCCUAACUCCAUGCUGGGGGAAGUCACAGAAAUUGAUAGUUCUGGGGAGUCUGAUGACACAGUCAUAGAAGACAUCACAGCAAACCCAUCAUCUGAGAACAGCAAAGGUUUACCUGAAAAACCUGACUCCCUUCCAAGUGCUACUGCAAAAACAAGUGAAGGAGGAAUCAAAGAGACUCCCAGUUGUGAAACUGUGAGGAGUGAAAUGAGUGACAACUCUGAAGAGCCAAGCAGUGCUUCUAGGAGUGAAAUGAGUGAAAACUUUGAGGAGCCAAGCAGUGCUUUGAAGCUGCAUCAGGCCCAGCCAGAAAAUACUACUAAGAGAACAAGUGUAGAAGGUGAGAAGGUGUGUUUACAAGUACCUGAUACUCUGAAUGAAGUUGUACCUGAAAAGCCUGCUGUGACUGACAACUCCAAAGUUCCCUCAGCAGCACCUCCAAGUGUUGUUAGUGAGACAGGAUUGUCAUUAACUGUGGCAGCUUCUGCCAAGUUGGAAUCUUUGCCUGGAAAAUAUUUUGAAGAUACAGUUGGUUCCUCCCCAGAGUACUUGAUGGCUGCCCUCACAGGAGCCAGGGAGAAGGGGAUAGAAGAUAAGGAGGAAGGUGAAAGCUUGGAAGCAAUGUUAGAGAAGAGAGCAGAUUUUAAAAACACUUUGCCUAUGGAACUCUUGCAUGAAAGUGAGUUAGGCGGUUCAGAAACUAAAGACAUGAAAAGCAAAUACAGUGAACACAGCAGAGAAACAAAUGGAGGUGCCCCCAUGGUACCUUCCGACUUAGAGCAAGAGCAGCUCACCAUCAAGGCCAUUAAAGAAUUAGGGGAAAGGCAGGCUGAGCAAGUGCAGGCUGAAGGAAAAAUCAAGCAAGCCUUUGCUCCACAGUCUUGGCCACAGGGUUCACCUGACAUCCUAGAACACACAGAUGUCAAGACUGGAUCUGAUCUUGGGAUUUCCAAAAAGCUUACUGUCAUCAAAGACACUAGAAUAGAUCCUAUAUCCGGCAAGACUGAAAUGGUUAACAAGCAUGCCCUAGCAAGACUUCUAAGUGACUUCCCAGUGCGUGAUCUGAUUUUCUGGAGAGAUGUGAAGAAGACUGGGUUUGUCUUUGGCACCACGCUGAUCAUGCUACUCUCUCUAGCAGCUUUCAGUGUUAUCAGUGUGGUCUCUUACCUCAUUCUGGCACUUCUCUCUGUCACCAUCAGCUUCAGAGUCUAUAAGUCUGUCAUUCAAGCUGUGCAGAAGUCUGAAGAAGGCCAUCCAUUCAAGGCUUACCUGGAUGUGGACAUUACACUGUCCUCAGAAGCGUUCCACAAUUACAUGAAUGCUGCCAUGGUGCAUGUCAACAGAGCCCUCAAACUCAUUAUUCGCCUCUUUCUGGUAGAAGACCUGGUUGACUCCUUGAAGCUGGCUGUCUUCAUGUGGCUGAUGACCUACGUUGGUGCUGUUUUUAAUGGAAUCACCCUUUUGAUUCUUGCCGAGCUGCUGGUUUUCAGCGUCCCAAUUGUCUAUGAGAAGUAUAAGACGCAGAUUGACCACUAUGUUGGGAUUGCCCGGGAUCAGACCAAGUCGAUUGCUGAAAAGAUCCAAGCAAAGCUUCCUGGACUCGCCAAAAAGAAGGCAGAAUAAGUACAUGGAAACCAGAAGUGCAACAGUUACUAAAACACCAUUUAAUAGUUAUAACAUCAUCACUUGUACUAUGAAGGAACUUGCUGUCAGCUUGAGCUUGGUUCCAAGUUGUUUGUUCUUUUUAAUUUGGUGUUCUCUCUCCUCCUCUUCCUUUACCCUCAGUACCAAGCACAAGAUGUGUUAGACUGAAAAAAGAACUGAUCUCUUAGAACCCCAAAAAAUAAAGAGUGAAUCAGAUUAAUAGAAUUAAUCAGACCAUUGUGGUGGCGGAGCUUUUACCUGUACCAUGAAAGGGGAAAAAGAAGAGAGAAAUGUCUCUAGGGUCCUCUAUCCAGUUUCAAGGACUCGUAUACAGCUCCCAUUUAUAAUUUUGCCCUUAUUUUUAAGUUAGUAAAUAAUGAUUAACUAUGAAUGAAUAGUUUGGGCAGGAGUGGGAUUUCUUCCAUUGGGUUUGUACAGCCCUCCAGUCCCACCUUCCUGCCUUACACCUAAACAGCUACUCCUGCUGUUCCUCCUCUUCCUUAAUGAAAGAACUGUCAGCUCUGAAUAACCUACAGGUGAUAGAGGUAAUUCCCUGUUUCCAGGAUGUUAUCUGAGAAAUACAGGGGGAGGGCAGCGGCCACCCCCUCUGUUGCAAUUUCUAGGGAAGGAAGGGCUCUGCCAGCUGGGAGGGCAGUGUCCAAGCCAUUGGUCUGAGAUACCAGUGUGAGUGUUGGUUUGAGAAAUCAUUCCAGAAUGUGCUUUUCCCUUUUUUUCCCUGCCCACCUUACCUCAAGUUUAAUAAAUAUGGUUGUACUUUUCUUAUUAUGAAAAUGUCUGUAACUGCUGUACACUGCUAUAAACUUGUUAAAGAAAAAUAUUCUGCAUGUGGGCUCCCAGCCAUUGAGUUAUUGUAAUCCUAUCUCAGUUUGUGGGGAAUGAGGUACAAGAACAUGAAAAGACUUCCUUCUGUAUCUUCCCUGCUGCUUCCUUCUCCACUGCUGCUUCCACCUGUGCUUUGCAAUGCUUUAGCCUGAGGACCAAAGUCCCACUGGCCAAGAGUCAUGUUUCUAUUGUGGUCCAGAGGUUGGUAGAGGAGGUUACAUUUCUAGACUCAUGACAAGUAGCUGCUUUGAGAGUAGAAUCAGUGUUGUCCUGGGGGAAUCUCCAAGUCAGACACUGAUGAAAUAGUUCCCACCAUGGCCCACAGUGCUCAUUUGUGGAGUGUUUUCCAGAAGUUUUUGGUUGUGGGUGGCCAGGCAAGACCAGGUGAUACUGAUAGACAAUAGCAGAGGUGACUGGGGAUCUUGAUUUCUGAGACCCUGCGUCUCUCCUGCAACAUGGAGAUCCAGUCAGCUUGAAAACUGGCAUUCAAGAUUUCCUUCAGUUCUCAGUGCUGCCUAUAGUGAGGAAGUAAGAGCUGGGGACUUCAGGGUAUUUAAUGUUCACAAAGUUCUGUGACUGUAAAAUUAAGAAUGGAAUCUCUUUCUGCUCCUUCUAGGAAAUGAUUUACUCCGUUUUCUUAGUUUCUUUGCCCCUGUUCAUUCUGAAUUUUUGGUUUCCAUUGUAGAAAACUCUCCAUCGCCAUCAUCUUCUGCCCUCCCAGGAAGUGAAUGCACUGGUGGUCUUUGGGGCCUCCCAACAGGGGGCUCCAUUCUGCACUGGAAGCCCCCACAUCUUGCUCUUUUCUUUGUUGCUGCUGUGUUAAAAUAAUUGGAAAGAUUUUUGUGCCACAUGGGAUUUUUUUUUUUUUAAGAAAAACAUAGAUGAAAAAAUUACUAAUGAAAAUGUGUACGUGUCUGUACGUGCAACAUAAAAAUACAGUAGCAUCAUGGAGCUCUUUUGGUCCCUGUAAAACUGCAAAUUGAUGUAUUAAUUAUAAAUAAAGAACACAGUGACUGUC